AUGCAAACGCCACCCAUAAUGUGGUGGUGGAAUGUUUUGGUGGUUACUACCAUUGGGACAGUACAGGCGGCUUCCCGAGACCAAUGGCUCGGUCGGUCGGUCUACCAAGUGGUCACCGAUCGCUUUGCGCGAUCCGAUAACUCAACCACGGCUUCUUGUGAUGCAGGAUUGGGAGAUUAUUGUGGAGGGAGCUUCCAGGGCAUCAUCAAUCAGCUGGAUUAUAUUCAGGAACUUGGGUUCGAUGCAGUUUGGAUCUCUCCAGUGCAAAGCCAGGAGUCAACUCGCACGGCGGAUCUCGCAGCAUACCACGGGUAUUGGCCAAACGACCUGUAUUCCGUCAACUCCCAUUUUGGCACUUCCGAUGACCUCCAAGCAUUAUCCACAGCGUUGCACGCCCGUGACAUGUACUUGAUGCUGGACAUUGUCGUCGGUGACAUGGCCUGGGCUGGAAAUGCCUCUACUAUCGACUACAGCACGUUCAACCCAUUCAAUGAUCAGAAGUAUUUCCACGACUACAAGCUACUUUCUGAGGACCCCACAAAUGAAACCUGUGUCCUGGAUUGCUGGAUGGGAGACAACACCAUAUCGCUUCCAGAUCUGCGAAACGAGGAUCAGGAAGUCCAGGAGAUUCUGGGAACCUGGGUUUCGCAGUUGGUUUCGAACUACUCCAUUGAUGGCUUGCGAAUCGACAGUGUUUUGAAUAUCGCCCCCGCCUUCUUCUCCGAUUUCAGCAAGUCAGCCGGUGUUUUCACCAUGGGCGAAGGUGCCACGAGAGACGCAUCCGGUUACUGUUCUCUGCAGCCCAGUCUAAGCGCACUUUUGAAUUAUCCGUUGUAUUAUAUCCUCUCAGAGGGCUUUAACACUACCGAUGGAGACUUGAACAGGGUCAUACAGUCUAUCGACCACGUCAGGACACAUUGUGGGGACGUACUCCCCCUGGGAACUUUCACAUCGAAUCAGGACGUUCCUCGCUUUGGCUCGUAUACGUCUGACAUAUCGCUGGCUCGCAACAUUCUCACGAUCAGCAUGCUCGCUGACGGUAUUCCCAUCCUCUACUACGGGGAAGAACAACACCUGUCAGGUGCAUUCAACCCUGUCAAUCGGGAGGCCCUGUGGCUUACCAAAUACUCGAUGAACUCGACGUCCCUACCUUUGCUUGUCCAAUCAUUGAAUCGCAUUCGAUCAUAUGCGAGCGGCGACGGAGAAAAGUCCACACUCGCCCCGAAGUCAGGUAGCGACUAUCUAUCGUACCUCUCAUUGCCAAUCUACAACUCAACAAAUAUUUUGGCUAUGCGUAAAGGAUUUACCGGCAACCAGGUUGUGAGCGUCGUGUCCAAUCUGGGAGCUAAGCCAGCCACUAAAGCCACCACCAAAAUCACGCUUGGCUCUGAUGGCACAGGGUUUUCCUCUCGCCAAAACGUUACCGAGAUCUUGUCCUGCAAAACAUUCGUGACUGAUUCAAGCGGGAAUCUCAGUAUCGACCUCAGCUCGGAUGGAGGGCCUCGGGUGUACUAUCCUACUGAAAGCUUGAACCGAAGCACUAGCAUUUGUCCAAAUGAUACCCAAACAUCGACAGCCUCCUCUACAAAUCCAAAGUCUUCCACCGGCGCUAGUACUGCAUUAUUCGGUUUGUCGUGGGAGAUGAGCACAUUGAUACUCACGGCUACAUUGACCACGUCCUACGUUUUCAUCUAA